AGUUGCGGUCUGCGAAGAGAGAUCUUGCGAUCACUUCGGCUCGCGAACGGCGCGACACCGCUUUGUUAGACCGUAUUAGUUACUUCAUCAGAGGGCCGGUAUGCAGAAUUAACAUUCAUGUCGUGCACGAGUGGAGCCAGCGUUUGGGGUGCACUGGAUUGCAUUUAUUUAAAACAGUCUGUGAAGACCUCCGCGGGCCGAGGGGAGAUAACAGGAGGCUUCUCGCGUUAUGAAGAGGGCACGGGCUCGUGCAGCGCGAGGAGGAAAAGAGACGCGUUUCAAGACGGCCGAAGAAUAGUCGCAGCUUUCUAAAUGCGUCUUCUUGUCGAACAGCCAAGAACAAUGAGCGGUGGCUCUAGCAACUUUCUGCUAGUUCCUAUACCGGAGUAUCCUGUACUAGACUGCGUGCCAAACAAAAACGUCAAAAUAGUUGUUCUCGGUGCCAGCAAUGUCGGAAAAACCGCACUGAUUGUGCGAUUUCUCACUAAGAGGUUCAUAGGAGACUACGAAGCCAACACAGGAGCCUUGUAUUCGAGGAAGAUUAAUUUGGACGGGGAGCAGGUUUCUUUGCAAGUGCAAGACACUCCGUGUGUUUCUCUGCAGGAUGACGCAGAGGGUCUUUACUGUCAAGAGCAGAUCAACCGCUCCAUUUACUGGGCAGAUGGUUAUGUGCUUGUCUUCUCCAUCACUGACCUCAACAGCUACCGUACCAUCCAGCCUCUCUACCAACACGUGCGCCGAAUACAUCCCAGCGGCAACAUCCCUGUUAUCAUCGUGGGAAACAAGAGUGACCUGCUGCGUGCCCGGCAGGUUCCAGAUCACGAGGGCAAGGCGCUGGCCGAUGAAUUGGGAGGGCCCUACUUCGAGGCUUCGGCCAGGGAGAACCACGAGAGCGUCCAGGCUGCUUUCCUGACCUUGUGCCAGGAGGUGAGCCGAGCGCUGGGAGGAGGAAAUGGGGAGAAGAGAAAAGGUGGACUACACCUUGCCAGGCCAAAGAGCCCAAAUAUGCAAGAGCUGAAGAGAAGGUUCCGGCAAGUCUUGUCUUCCAAGGUCAAGUCAGCGACUGCACUAUGAUGACGCUAUGAUUUACGCACGUGACUGAAAGUGUUAACAAAAUGUUGUUGAGCAAGCGAUUGUGAAACACGAGACAACACUUGCCAGCUGAUUUUGCAAGUGUAGAUGAGCAGUGAGAUCACUGUGCUCUGGAUGAAUUGUAACAUUGGACUCCUGGCACUGAACCUUUAAUGGUUUUAAGGCCAAAAAUUUGUUUCUGUUUAUUUUUUUAGCUGCUAUUAUGCAAAUGUUUCCUGGUUUUCCAGGGUUGUGAUCCAUUUCUCAAAUUCAGUGGUUUAAUAGUGGAUUUCUCUCAUUUAUAAAUGAGGAUUAUAAGCGCAUUUCCUUAAUCUCUUUCAAUGUGAAGCAAGGAUGAGAAGAUCAUUUUUGACCGAGGCCAUUUAUCGUGUAUAUUAAAAGUAACGAAGUAAAACAAACAUGCUGAAAGGCCAUUUAUUGGACGCUUAAGAUGAUCGCAGUCCGUUCCUAAGAUUCUCAUGUGACUGGAGCAGUUUUACAAAAUGCUGUUCUAGGAUUAGCGAGAGACAUAAUCCAGCUAUGUUGUUUAAAAUCGUGGGAGGAAGAGGUUGUUGACUGGUGGUUCCCAUGACCUUUGACCUAGUUACACUGUGUCAAGGGUUUAAGCGUACUAUGGAGGUUCGUAGAGGGUCUCCUUGGCUUUUCCUUCCAGAUGUCCCACUCGCCCACUCAUUUGGACAUGUGUUUAUCUUGCAGGACAGAUGAAGUAGCAUUCCUCAGAAGCAGGUCUGAAUUCCUCGACUAAACUACUAGGCAUGAACCCAGUUAGUCAUUGACCUCUAACCUUCCACCUCUGAUAUAGGCUUUUUUUUCCUCUCUACAUUUUCCUCUCUUCACCCAAUGGCCUAAAUGAAAAGCAGAUUCAGUAGAUGACUAUAGCCAUGAAUCCUGUGAGAGCGUGUCUGUUUUCUUAUACUCUGGCAAAGUAAAAGACUGGUAAAAUAUACAAUAAAUGCUGUGCUGAUUUGA